CACUGAUAUCAGUGGAGCAAACAGUGUGUUGCAGAAGUUAUACCUUCCAGAAGGGCUGGCAAGCAGGAUUAAGGGAUUGCUUUUGUUUUGCAUCCUUUAUCUUCACAAAUAGUUAAGUGACUUCCAAAUUAUUUCCACAAAUGAUCAACUGGGUGCAUUAAGUUGGGGAAGGGAUGGAGAAACUGGGGGUUCUGUCUUGUUUUAUACUCAGUAACGUUGCUCCAGAUUUUCUGUAUAUAUGCAGCUAUACACACAUGCAUGGAUUUAGAUUGCUGGAUAAUUGGUGGGGUGUGACUGCAUCCAGAAGCCUGGACUGUCCAGAUGUUCCUGAAAUGGUGCCUGCAAGGGCAGGGGGAAACACGAGUGCAAGUGAAGGGGACUGUGUGAGGUCAGGCUGGAAAGGCAGAGCCUUCCCUGUCUCCUCAGGCAGUUCAGGAUUCUGACUCUCUGCCCAGGUCUGCUUUCUGGUUUCAGUUUAGACCAUAGUCCAUAGUCAGGCUCUCCAGACACUGUAUUUACAUAGCACUAACAGGCACUAGAGUUUGCAGACAAUGUCUUAAACCAAAUCCUUCUUCUCUUACACUGAGCUUCAGGAAGGCUGCAGCAAGAAGAGAAGUCUGUAACUUUGCUAACCAAUUUUGAUAAUUAUCUAAAUCUUUUAUUUCUAAUCAGAAGGUCAAAUUGUGAUGACAGCCUUACUUUUUUUUCCAAGGUAACUCUUUGUGUCAGAAAAUGUGACCACAGUUUGGCCUGGAAUUUGAAUGUGCUGUAUAUCAGAUAACUGUUAUCACUUGGUUGCAAAGGAGAUUAUCUGCAUUUCAUGUAACUUCUUCCACUCUCAAAGACAAAUAAAAGUGAGCACCUGACACUUUUCCCCCAGGCAUUGCAGUAAGUGACUGACAGGCUUUUAAUGUCCUUCUGCACAUGUUUCAUGAUGGACUUUGGGGGUUGAACAAAAGGGAAAGUAAAAAUAUGUGAGAACUUGUUAAAUCUCAGUACCUCAAAAGCAAAGUCUUGAAUAUAAAAUUCAAUCAAAUAUAUUUUUGCUUGAACUGAGAAAAAAAUUCUGAGGCAAAUGCAAAACUGUCCAGUGGGCAUCUCCCUGCUCCAUUUGCACUCCUGUCUGUGUUUAGGAGCUUGAGUUCUUCUGUAUCUCUUCUCAUCCUUCCCCAACUCAUGUUUCUAAAAGCAAAUGUGAGUUUGAUUCUAUAGAACUUUGGUGCCUACAGGUGUUGAGAAAAAAGGUGAGUAAAAGUAUCUCUGUAUAAGUUUUGAGGUGGUUUCCUAAAAUUCUGCCAGAAAAACUAAAAACCAAUGCUGAGACAAUCUUGUUGCUGCAUGAGAACAGUUGACAUUUUCAACAGGUAUAGAGAGGACAAACUGUUGGAUGAGAACAUUUUUACAGUCAGUUAAACUUUGUGAAUAAUUUUUGAUGUUGCUAUAGGUAUGUACAAAAAGAAGAAUACUGUAAAUAAAAAGAACUUUACCAGAACAUCUAGAUUUUUCUCAGCUUCCUGAAGAAAUAUGAGUUUUCUGCGUCAGCUUCUCUACAGCCCGAGAUUCACAGUGGGACAGAUUUUCCUGGUCACCCAAAGCUUUCCCAACUUAAUGAGGUAGCAGCAGCUUGUGAAUUCCAGGAUUGCUUACAGAACCAAAGCAAAGUUUGUCUGGACAUCAUAUCACCAGGAUUUCUGCUGUUCUUGGGCCAUUUCUCUGCUGAAAAGCCAUUCUGAUGGAUGUUGAUAAGUAUGUCCUCUCUUCAUACAGGGGUCUAGUGAUGGGAGUCCUCCUUUCAGAGGUUACACGUUGCCACCAAGUGAAGUUGAGUAGGGCAUUUGGGACACCAGCUGUCAGCCAAUGGUACCCUUGGCUCUCCCCACCACUUUCAUUCCAUGUUUGGACUGUCUUUCUCACACAGAAAAUGAAAUAAAACAUCUUGUGGCUGUUGUUCCAGUCACAGAUUUGCAUUGUGGCAGUGAAAGAAGUGAAGUAACCUGUGUAAAUCAGCUUGUGCCAGGAUAUUCUAAAGGCAAGCAUCUCAUACUUCUUAAAAUUUAUUUUUACAGCCUUUACCCAUUGCCGUGGAUGCUGUGCCUCCACAAAACUGCUGAAGCAGUGGCACAGCAGGAAGAGGAAUAAUUGAGGUGCCUGAGAUUAGGUUUUUGAAGAGUAGAAAAUGGCUUUAAAAGGGCUUUCUUUGGUAAUCCUGAAAUAUGAGCACAAGAGCCGUCAGUUUGCAAGUGGUGGUCAAAGUCACCAGGGCAUUUCUGCAGGCUGAUUGCCACAAAAAGAGACAUUCUGGAGGCCUUGAUGAACCAAAACCUCAAUCCUCAGCCAGGAGGCAGUGAGCAGCUGCAGGACCAGGGCAGCAGGCAUCGUGUGCUGUGUGACAAGAAGCAGCUCCAAGGUGUGCCCAGGUGUGGGAAGGGAUGGGUAAGAGCAGCCCUGCCUAAAUGGCAUUGCCAGGGGUGCUGGCCACUGGCACUGCUCUCACUGCAGAGAGGAAAAGAAAACCACAAACUGAGCUUGUUUGGAGGGGGACACCCUUGCUCAGUGCUGUGAGGUCACGCCUGGAUCCCACGCCUUGCUUUGAGCCCCCGGUUUAGGAGAGGUGGGAAGACUGGAAUGGAGGGUUGGCCAGCACUUGGAUCCAGGUGAUUAGAAGCCAUCUGUAGCACUUUGUGCUUGGGACAGCUGCUCAGAGGACCCUGUUCCUGCAGAAGGAUGGCUGCAAAGAAAAAGGAGGUGGUGCUGCAGAUUAACAUUACUAGCCAGGAGCUUUGGGAAGAAGUGCUGUGUCUCAAAGGACUCAUUGUCAUUGAUGUGUUUCAAGCCUGGUGUGGCCCAUGCAAACCAGUAGUGAAUCUGUUCCAAAAAAUCAAGAAUGAAGUUGGCAGUAAUCUCCUGCAUUUUGCUGUGGCUGAAGUUGAUUCCAUUGAUGCUCUGGAGAAAUACAGAGGACAAUGUGAGCCUGUCUUUCUCUUUUAUACAGGAGGAGAAUUAGUGGCUGUUGUAAGAGGAGCAGAUGCACCAUUGCUGCAGAAGACCAUCCUGAAACAGCUGGCAGGGGACAGGAAGGGUUUCCAUGGAGCAGAGCCUGUGCUGGUGCCAGACAGAGCCUUCUCCAGAGAGCAGGGAAGCACAGCUCCCCUUCAGGAGGAACAACGGGGAGGACUAACAGGUAAGGCAAAGCACAGGUCUAGGAUGUUCUCUGUGCCUUGAGUUGGAACCAUAAAAGCUGGAACCCCCAGCAGGGAUUUUUUUUCCACCUGGGCACACGGGGAGAGUCACUUUGAAACACAAACUAGAGCCCAGCAUAGUUUGGGUGCCUGGCAUUGUGAAACUGGGCGUAUUUAUCCUUCCAAUGUGUUUUAUCUUACAUUUGUGCCCUUCCCCUUUCCUUCUGGCUGGCAAGGGCUCUUGGAGACCCCACAUGGCUUUCUGUUUCCAAGUGGUUUUUAAAAGAAAACACAAAUGCUUGGGCUCCAAAUCUGCCUACGCCAUCUCCUGCCUUGUCUAAAAUUGGCCAUGAAUUCCCAAAGGUUUUGAAUCUUCUCCUAAAAGGGACGUUUUUUCUUGGCUUUGCUGGGCCAAUGCUGCAUCCUGGCCCUGUGCACGCCAAGUCUUAGGCUCCAGAAUGGGGAAUCGAAGCAAAUCCCUCCUGGCUUCAGCUGAAGCCCCGUGGGAUGAAGCGGCGUGAGGGAUGUUGGUCUCUGCCUCUCCUUUCUGCGCCUAUUGUUAAUUUCG